AUGGCUCUACUUAACAAGAGGAAGGAGGUGCUGCGUCUGUAUCGCCAGAUCCUGCUCGUCUCACGUAUGUUUCCACACUGCAACGAUCAAGGUCAGCUCUGGUCGUCGGUGCUGCAGAAGAAUGCGCGCAUGGAGAUCGAACAGAACCGCUACGAGACGGACGGCGAAACGAUCUCCAAGCGCAUUCUCUUUGGGUGGAAAUGUCUGCAAGAAGUCCAAGAAAAGAUGAUGGAAAAGCAGCAAGAACUGUCAAGUCAUGGCGUUGAUCCGGAUACAUAA